AUGAGUGUCGCAAAGAAAGUUGCUGUCAUCGCAACCAGCACCAGAACCCCCAGAGUCGGGCCCCAUGUUGCAGACCUUGUGAGAAGCACCAUCACCAAGGACGCAGCCGAGAGCAACAUCGACGUCUUCCCCGUCGCAGUCGCUGACUUCAACCUCCCCGUCUUUGACGAAAAGGCCCUCCCGGCCCAGGUUCCCGCCCUUGCCAAGUUCGAGCACGCCCACAGCAUCGCGUGGAGUAAUGAGAUCGCCAAGUACGACGGCUACGUCUUUGUCAUCCCAGAGUACAACUAUGGCAUGGCCGGCGGCACAAAGAACGCGAUCGACUACCUGUACAAUGAGUGGAUCGGAAAGCCAGUGGUCAUCGUCAGCUACGGCAUCGGGGGCGGCAACCGGGCCUCGGAGCAGCUCCAGGGCACGCUAGAGGGCAUGAAGCUCCGUGUGGCGGGUACCCGGCCGGCGUUGGCGUUUUCGGGCGGCCCGGGCCCGGAUUUCAUCGCCGCCAUGAGCAAGGGCGAACUUGGAGAGGAGUCUCGGAAGGAGUGGGAGGGCAAAUCGGCGGACAUCCUCAAAGCCUUUGGCGAACUGAAGCAACUCCUUCAAGAGCCUCCCCAACCCAACGCAUAG